AUGGGAAGUCUUAAGGACGAGAUGAGAGGUCUCAGAGAGGACCACAAGCCCUGCGAGAAGGCAGAUGAUGGAGAGCGUCCGGGCGGCUCAGAAGGCAGAGCUGUGCCCAAGGGACCUCUGAUAAAGGUGAGUCAAGAGUCAACAAGCCAAGGGGACUACCAGCCGGAGAGAGAGGGAGACCAGAAUCCAGCAUCCAAAGAUGGAGCGUUAUCAGGAGAGGCUUGUGACGGCGCUGACUCUGUCGGGGUUAAAGACUCUACGCAGACUGUUGCCAUCCCUCUGAUCCGACAGCCUGAAGCGGAUAAAACAACAGCAGCUACACACAACAACACAACAAUCUCUAACAAGGUCCUGACUGAUGGAGAGCCAGAUGGUGAAAUUCAGCGGGAAACGUCCAAGGAUAAAAACGUGGCUCAUGACGGAGAAAAGGAGCCAGAAACUGAGAAUGUCUUGGUGCCUGUCCCAGCAACUCCAGGCCCAUCCGAUCCACGUUCCCCAGCUCCUGCUGGCCAGCACCACAUGCGUACACAGGUCAGCCUGGAGGUGGCCCAGUGCUGCUCUGCAGCCACCAGCCCCAUGACGCCUCCGGAGGGCGACCAUUCCUUCUUCUUCCCGAGCUCUUUUGGGAGAUCCGGAGCUGUGGGUGCCGACACUAAAGACGCUGGGCUACAGGUGGGUCAGCAGGUGGAGUUCUGCUCUGUUGCCACAUCCCCCAUGACCCCAAAGACGCCAUACACCACAGCAUUCCCAGAACUUAUCGGGAGAGAGACAGUGCAGAAGGAGGAGGAGGUGAGAAAGAGCGAGGGGCAGAGGCAGGGUGGCCAACAAGAGAGCUUCUCUGCGACAAGGAGUCCAGCAGAGGCUGAGUCACAGGUAACUGGAGCCACAUCAAAGGAGCCGAGUGAGGAGAGCUCUGCCAGCUGCCCUGCUGCUGGGUCAACAGCUUCACAAGUGACUCUGGAGGACAGUAAUCAGCAAUGCAAGCAGCAGAGGAUGGGGAGUAUGGAUCAGGACAUCACAAUCCUGGUGACCCACUGUGACAACAACGAGGAGGAAGAGGAAGAGUCACCUUUUUAUCCCACAGAGCCAGAGGUGGUCAAAACAGAUGAACGCAAAGAGCUCGGAGAAAGCAACAGCGACAUGAAGAGGGAGGAUGGAAAGGAAAACAUCACAGAAACUGUUGCUCCUGGUCGUGCACAGGACACCUCAAACACAAACCCGCCACAAAAUAAAACCGAAGAGGCCUCUGUUUCUACUCAAGACCAAGCAAAAACUGAUGUGACAUGUGCAAAGUCAGAGGCCAAAGAAAACAACGGCGCGCGUGAAGAGCCGAGAGAUGUUUCCGCGACAAAGCCUCCUGUCCCUGAAUCUCCAGCUCCCUUCGGCUGCCACAACAUCCGCACGCAGGUGAGCCUGGAGGUGGUGCAGUGUCAGUCUGUGGCUACCAGCCCCAUGACCCCUCCUGAGGGGGACCACGCCUUCUACUUCCCCAGCUCCUUCGGGAGGUGUGCAGCUGUGGGUGCAGAGACUAAAGACGCAGAGCUGCAGGUGGGCCAACAGGUGGAGUUUCGCUCCGUCGCUACAGCACCUAUGACCCCGAGGACGCCCACCACCACGGCUUUUCCUGAGAUCAGGAAGGAAGCCAGCAUCGGGGAGAAGAUAGUAGAGGAGGACGAGGAUAUAAAGGAGCAGGUGGGGGAGGACAAACAGGAAGUAGUUCAAGAGGAGGAGAAAGUAGAGACGAAGAUGGAAGCAGCUGAAGAGGACACAAAAGAGGCAAGAAACUGCAAGGAGAAAUGUGAGGAGCCGGUGCAGGAGGUGAGCUGGGACGAGAAGGGGAUGACAUGGGAGGUGUACGGGGCCGUGGUGGAGGUGACGGUGCUGGGCUCGGCCAUCCAGAAACACCUGGAGAAGCAGGUGAAGAAGAGGCAGCCCUCCAUGCCUCCCCCUCCUCCGCUCAACCCCUCAGCCGUGCCUCCCUCCUCAGAGUCCAGCCAGGGGGGUUCUGGUAAGGGCCGGGUGGGGAAGAGGGGGGAGCAGGACGGGGAGGUGAGCCGACGCAGGAGGAACCCCUUCCGUCUGAUGAUGAAGAACAUGCAGCAGCCUCACUGCUGCUCCAAAGCUCACACCACUGAGUGA